AUCACUGGACCUUUACUGGACCCCCUGCAGUUUGCUUACCGAGCAAACAGGUCCGUGGAUGACGCAGUAAACAUGGGACUGCACUUCAUCCUGCAACAUCUGGACAGACCAGGGACCUAUGUGAGGAUCCUGUUUGUGGACUUCAGUUCGGCCUUCAACACCAUCAUUCCUACACUCUUCCAGACCAAACUAAAUCAGCUCUGUUCCUAGCUCUAUGUCUCAGUGGAUCACCAGCUUUCUGACAGAUAGGCAACAGCUAGUGAGAAUGGGGACAUUAAUGUCAAGUAGCCGCACCACAAACACUGGCGCCCCUCAAGGUUGUGUUCUCUCCCCACUGCUCUUCUCCCCGUACACAAACGACUGCACCUCUAAAGACCCCUCUGUCAAGCUCCUGAAGUUUGCAGAUGACACCACACUCAUCGGCCUCAUUCAGGAUGGUGAAGAGUCUGCUUACAGACAAGAGGUUGAGCAGCUUGCUGUCUCGUGCAGUCUUAACAACCUGGAGCUCAACACGCUCAAAACAGUGGAGAUGAUCAUAGACUUCAAGAGAAACCCCCUGCACUCCCCCCUCUCAGCAUCAUGGACAGCACUGUGGGUGCAGUGGAGACAUUCAAGUUCCAACACGGGUCUCCGUAAGAGGACGUCCAGCAUCGCCGACGAGGGCACGUACACGCUGGACUCCAUCAUCCGCCAGCUCAACUCCUUCCACUCCAUCAUGUGUCAGCACGGCACCGACCCGGAGCUCAUCAAACAGGUGGUCAAGCAGCAGUUCUACAUCAUCGGCGCCGUCACCCUCAACAACCUGCUGCUGCGCAAAGACAUGUGCUCCUGGAGCAAGGGCAUGCAGAUCAGGUAUAACGUGAGUCAGCUGGAGGAGUGA